AUGGUGGACAUGACGCUGGAUGCAAUUCAGCAAAUCACCAAGGAAUUGAAACAAUACCAGACGCCGUCCCUCAACGACAAGCUCUACCUUCACUUCAAGGGUUGGAAGAAGAUCGAACCUUGCAUCAACGAGUACGACGGCGUGAAGGCACUAUGGCUGGAAGGCAACGCCUUGAGCAAGAUAGAGAACCUGGAUAGGCUUGCCAGCCUGCGCUGUCUGUACGUUCAACAGAACUGUCUUGAAGAUCUUUCGGGGCUAGAAAACUGUCCUGAGCUUGAUGCUAUCAACUGCUCCAACAACUCGAUCAGGCAGAUAUCUCACAUCGCCCAUCUCCAACGCCUCAACACGCUUCAGAUCGCCAACAACAAGCUCACUGACGCGUCUGAUGUUGAGCACCUCCGGUUGUGCCCGAGCAUCGGCGUCCUGGACCUGCAGAACAACAAGCUGGAAGACCCAGCGGUGCUUGAAGUGCUGGCAGACAUGCCGAACUUGCGCGUCCUGCAGAUGCAGGGAAACCCUGUGACGAGGAAGAUCGCUCACUACAGGAAGACGGUGAUCGCACGAUGCCGCCAGCUCACCUACCUCGAUGACCGCCCGGUGUUUGAGGACGAGCGGAGGACGACGACAGCGUGGGCGAGGGGAGGGGCAGCGCACAAGCUUGUAGGGGAGGACGGAAGCAAAGGGGAGCUAACUGCGGUGCUGCUGCAAGAGGCGCUGCAGGAUGGGACGUUCGACAAGAACGCGGCGCACGAGGCGGAGAAGGAGGAGAGGGCGGCUAUCCGUGCGGAGAAGGAGGAGAAGGAGAGGAGGAACCGGGAAGCCUUCCAGGAAAUGAUGCUAGAUGCCCGCGUGAGGAGAAUCAAGCAGAUCUUGCCCAACGUUCGACUGUUCAAGGGGAUCGCUGAAGACAUGCUGGAGGAGCUCUCGUACAAGGUAGCCGCCAAUCCCGUGCACAAGAACGAGAUCGUGGGGUUUGCCAAGGAGGAGGAGGGCAGGGUUCAGUUCUGCAAGGAUGGCAAGCCGUGCUUCGGGGGAGCGAGGCUCGCUACAGGACAGUACUUCGGGGAGGUAACCUAA